UCUGUCGCACCUGCCCAGGACGGGUUGCGGAAAAACAACAGGACACGUUCGGCUGAAAAUUGCUUUCGCCAUCUGUCAUGCAGAAUGGACCUCAUGGCCGGAGCACCGACUAACAUCACAAGCGACGUGACAUUCGAUUAUGUCAGCGACGUCGUUGAAGAGUUGCUGCUCCUGAGACAACAGGUGGCGCUGCUGGAGUCGGCACACGCGAUCCUUGCCAAGAACACCGACAUCUUCUUCAUCUUAAUAAACGCCAUGUUCGUGUUCUUCAUGCAGUGCGGCUUUGCCUUUCUGGAGUGUGGAGCCGUGCGAAGCAAGAACACCACAAACAUCCUCAUCAAGAAUAUGGUAGACGUGUUUGUAGCCGGCAUCUGCUACUGGGCUGUCGGAUACUCGUUCGCGUUCGGCGAGGGCAACAGCUUCAUAGGUCACACGUACUUCUUCAGCGGCCUCAACGGCAUGAUACCGAACCCCGACUACGCGCUCUGGCUGUGGCACUUCGUCUUCGCGGCGACUGCCGCCACUAUAGUGUCCGGCGCUGUGGCGGAGCGAUGCACCUUCGAGGCCUACCUCGUCUACAGCUCUCUCAUCACAGGGUUCAUCUACCCGGUUGUCACUCACUGGGCGUGGUCUGCGAAAGGCUGGUUGCUCAUGGGCCUGGACGAUGGAACCAUAUCCUUUAGUGAGUACGCAAGCCCCCAAGAGGACAGCAAUGUGGUGAUCCAGGUCGUGGGGGACUGCCCACUUUUGCAACUUUUUUGCAACUGGAUUGCCCGUAGGGCUGUGGAGGUGUGA